AUGUUCGCAGUCUCUGCAGACCUGUGUACCCAGUCACACAGCAGCGCCAGUAAGUCGGUCCACAUAGCAAUGGGCAUCGAGAAAUACAAGGGACGCGUAGCCCUGGUUACUGGCGCCAGCGCAGGCAUCGGUGCUGCCAUAGUGCAGGCGCUGCUGAAGCAUGGACUCACCGUCGUGGGAAUGGCCAGGAGGGCCGAAAAAGUUAAGGAGCUGGCACUCAAGGAUGCCCCAGGAAAGCUGCACGCCAUUGCCGGGGAUGUGAGCGACGAAGCCAGCAUCCUGGCUGCCUUCAAGUGGGUCAAGGACAACCUGGGCGGCGUCGACAUCCUCGUCAACAACGCUGGUGUAUUCCCGAACAGUAGUCUUACAGAGGCCAAGACGGAAACCUGGAAGCGCAUCCUGGACGUGAACGUGCUGGGUCUGAGCAUCUGCACCAGGGAGGCCGUGCAGGACAUGCUGAGCAGGGGCGUCGACGACGGCUUCAUCAUCCACAUCAACAGUGUUGCGGGACACACACUACCGACAUUAGAAGGUAUGGCGAUGUACUACGCCAGCAAGCACGCCGUAAAAAUACUACUCGAAGGUCUGAGGAAAGACCUGGUCACCAAGGGCAGCAAGAUACGAGUUGGGGAAGUUUCUCCAGGAUUAGUUCAAACUGAAGGAGUAUCAAACGGAAUGGCUACUAUGCCAAAGGACUUAUCCGCCAUAUUGAAGGAUAUGCCAGCCCUGGAAUCGGAAGACAUAGCGGAAGCCGUUGUUUACAUGUUGUCCCAGCAUCCUCGUGUUCAGGUGCACGAUGUAAUUGUGAUGCCAACUGGCCAACCGAUCUAAGAUAAAGAUAGAUGCUAUAUCCAUCUGUUAACGAUCGCAUAACGUUAAUAUUUCUCAGUGCUGAUAUGAGAAGAAUAAUGCUAUAUUGCUAUUGUAUAGUUGGAAAUAUUUUAUACAAUAAAUAGUUCCUUGUUAAAUAGUGUC